CGACAUAAAUUUGUAUUGUGUAAACGUAAUCGUCAUAAAUGUCAUGCAUAUUGCAACGGAGAAUGUUUAGAACGAAAUAUUAAAGUUAAACGUGCCAAAGGAAUUUAUCUCGACGGAGAUUAAAAUCGAUCGAGAAUUGUGUUUAUGAGAAUAUUAUAGAUCCCUAUCUCUACGAGUUUUUGGUUAGUGGUUCUGAUCAUGACCAUCUGGAUGGUACCAGUCAGCUGUAGCUGGGAACACGCGUUUAUGGUUACAAAUUUGAUACUUGUAUUAUAGAAUUUAUAUACUUAAUUCCUUGGUGCUCUUUUAAUUGUGCAAAAGGAUGUCACUGAAACCUAAACAAAUUAAUUUUAAACAAACAUGGAAUCUAUUGGAAGAGACUGCAAAGUGUAUAAUAACAUUGUCAAAUGUUCCACGUGCAACAUGGAAUGCUAGAUUUAGUGAUGUCUAUUUUAUGUGCGUGGCAUACCCAGAGCCGCUUGCAGAUGAAUUGUACGACGAGACAAAAAAGUUUCUAGACAAUCAUGUCUUCCAGCUAUUGACAACAGUUUGUUCCCAAGGCGAAUCUAGUUUGCUACAGGCAUAUCAUCGUGCUUGGUGCGAAUAUUCGCAGGGCAUUAACUACUUACACAGCUUAUACUUAUACCUAAAUCAGCAACAUAUUAAAAAUCAUAAGCUUUCCGAGGCAGAACUUAUUUAUGGUACGUCUUCCGUUAUGACUGCUGAUUAUCAAGAGCAACUGGAGAUAGGAGAGCUUGGCUUAGAUAUCUGGAAGAAAAGAAUGAUCCUACCAUUAAAAAAACAAUUAGUCUCUCAAUUGUUAGACUGCAUUCAUGCAGACAGAGUUGGUAAAGCUCAGCUAGCAAAUACAGAAGUUAUUUGCGGUGUUAUACAAAGUUUUGUUCGAGUAGAAGAGUAUAAGUUAGUGGGACAACUGGAUAUGUAUCAAACGAUAUUCGAAGGCCCUUUCCUCGAGGCUAGCGGGGAAUUUUACAUGAGACAAGCAUUUGCGUUACGCCAACAAUCGGAUGUAACGCACUAUAUGGAGAAAGUAACAUCGCAACUCAUCCAGGAAAAGCUUCGUGCUUUUAAGUUCCUUCACGCGAGCUCUGUACCCAAAGUAAGGCAGUGCUGCGAAGAAAAAAUGAUAGCCACGUACGUGACCUGGCUUCACACAGAAGCAGAAAACAUGAUAGAAAACGAACGUAGAAGGGAUUUGUCUCUCCUGUAUCCAUUAUUGAAGCCAUUGCCUGUUGGCUUGACUCCACUUGUACAAAAAGUUACAGAACACAUCACUCAACAAGGUUUGAAGGCAAUCGGAAACUUACAAGGAGAAAAUGUACACACGCAGUUUGUGGAUGGCAUGCUGGAUGUACAUCAAAAAUAUUCGGAAUUGAUUAAAGAUGUGUUCAAAGCUGACCAAGCCUUCGUGGCUGCUCUCGAUAAAGCUUGUGCGGCUGUUGUAAACCAUAGAUCCGUUCCACAGCAACCAGCAAGAGCACCAGAACUACUGGCAAAAUAUUGCGAUUCUUUACUGAGAAAGUCAGCUAAGGCCGCGUUAGAAGUGGAAGUUGAAGAGAAACUGGGUCGUUGCAUCACCGUCUUCAAAUACGUCGACGACAAGGACGUGUUUCAGAAAUUUUACGCGCGUAUGCUAGCGAAACGAUUGAUUCAUCAGCAAUCGCAAUCGAUGGACGCCGAAGAAUCCAUGAUCGAUCAUUUGAAACAAGCGUGUGGCUACGAAUUCACGAAUAAACUUCACAGGAUGUUUACCGACAUGUCAGUUUCAGGGGAUCUGAAUGCCAAAUUUGCUGCUAGUGUACGAGAAGGGGACGGAGAGAAUCAAUUAGGCAUAGGUUUUGUAGUGUAUGUAUUGCAAGCGGGCGCGUGGCCGUUAGCCUUACCCCCGUUUCCAGGACCAUUUCAUAUCCCUCAGCAAUUAGAAAAGUCUAUACAAGCAUUCGAAACGUUUUAUCACGCACAAUUCAGCGGAAGGAAACUCACUUGGCUUCAUCACCUUUGUCAAGGCGAAUUGAAGUUUAAUUAUUUAAAGAAACCAUAUUUGGUCACUGUGCAAACGUAUCAAAUGGCAUUGUUGCUUCUUUUUGAGCAUUGCAAUUCGAUACAGUGUCGAGAGGCUGCCGCGUCGUUGCGUUUGUCGCACGAUCAACUGGUUAAACACGCGGCCAAUUUGGUCGAUUGUAAAAUUUUGAAGAAGUCGACGGCGGGAGAUUUAGAGGAGGACACAGUUUUGACGCUCAAUUUUAAUUAUUCUAAUAAGAGGACAAAAUUCCGCAUAACCGGCUCGUUGCAACGGGAUGUACCUCACGAAACCCAUGACACAGAGGCCACGCAUCGCAGUGUCGACGAAGACAGAAAAUUGUACCUGCAAGCCGCUAUCGUCCGUACCAUGAAAAGUCGUAGGAUUUUGAGACACAAUCAACUUGUACAAGAGAUAUUAAGUCAAUCUAAGGUUAAAUUUGCUCCCUCGAUUAGCAUGAUCAAAAAAUGUAUCGAAGUACUCAUAGAUAAACAGUAUAUCGAACGUACGCCGAAUAACGCAGAUGAGUAUUCGUACGUCGUAUAAUUUUAUUGUACCAUCCAUUACCAUCAUUAAUUUAUUUAAUUCGGGAUGCUCCUUGAUUGGUCACGAUACAAGAACAUUUAAUAAGGUUUCGAUAAAACGGCUGCUGUAGGUUAUUCUCUGCUCGAGCAUCACAGAUAAUUCUCUAAAUUCAAUGUCUAUCUCGCGUUUGAAAGAUCAGACGAAGCAUCCCGAAUUGCUUACUUGCUCCUGAAUGAACCAAUUAAUUAACUUAGUUAAUUCAAUGAUUUAUAAUAUAUGCACACCGAAUAAAGCUAAUGUUACUAU